GUGGGCGCGUCGACUGGACGCUCUGUUUUUACGUCAUUUCCGCAACACCUCCCUCGGCAGAAGCUUGCAUUAGGGGGGAUUCACUUAGUGUGGACGGCCGCAGAACACUGUGAUUCAGCUGUUUGUUCCUGCCACCCUCCUGGCCGGAUACCAUGGGAGUGACUUGUGUGUCCCAGAUGCCUGUGGCUGAGGGCAAGAGUGUCCAGCAGACGGUGGAGCUCCUCACCCGGAAGUUGGAGAUGCUUGGGGCAGAGAAGCAAGGAACAUUUUGUGUGGAUUGUGAGACCUACCACACAGCUGCCUCCACUCUUGGCAGCCAAGGUCAGGCUGGGAAGCUGAUGUAUGUGAUGCACAACUCAGAGUACCCUCUGAGCUGCUUCGCCCUCUUUGAGAAUGGCCCUUGGCUUAUUGCCGACACCAACUUCGAUGUGCUUAUGGUGAAGCUCAAGGGCUUUUUCCAGAGUGCCAAGGCCAGCAAGAUUGAGACCCGGGGUACCCGUUACCAGUACUGUGACUUCCUAGUGAAGGUGGGCACAGUCACCAUGGGGCCCAGUGCCCGAGGCAUCUCCGUAGAGGUGGAGUAUGGCCCCUGUGUGGUAGCUAGCGACUGCUGGAGCCUGCUGCUCGAGUUCCUACAGAGUUUUCUAGGCAGCCACACACCAGGGGCUCCCGCAGUGUUUGGGAACAGACACGAUGCCGUCUAUGGCCCAGCAGAUACCAUGAUCCAGUACAUGGAACUCUUCAAUAAGAUCCGCAAGCAGCAGCAGGUGCCGGUAGCUGGGAUUCGUUAGUGACUGGCAACUGCCUGGCUGAGCUCUGUCACCAGGGGGACUGCGUAGGAGGAGCAGGGGCUGCAUCCUGAGGCCCCUGGACCCCAGAAACCCAGGGCAGACGUGGAGCCUUCUCUCCCUCUUCCCAGCUGUGACUUUUGUUCUGGGGAUCUGGACUCCCCUCCCCUGACCCUCACGCACAGCCCCCCAGCAGCGGCUUCACCCUGCGCCUUACUGGACUUGACCUGUUCUCAAGAAUGGUAAUUAUGAAGAGUGGAGAAGUGUGGAGCUUUCCUGCUUUAGGGGAAAAGGUAGGACAGACCUGCCCGGCUCUGGUGGGAAAGCAGUCUGUAUCUCCAGCGACUGAGGACCUGCCUUAGGUCCGCGGUGGAUGGACUGGGCUGGGCUGGGCUGUAAUAAAGGCCUCUUCCUCUCCUCCAGGGAUGCAGGUGGGCUUCUCCUGGAGAAGGAGUAGGAGGCAUAACUCGG